AUGUCAAACCUCUCCUCUGGGACCCCAGACGUGUCAAACCUCUUCUCUGGGACCCCAGAUGUGUCAAACCUCUCCUCUGGGACCCCAGACGUGUCAAACCUCUUCUCUGGGACCCCAGACAUGUCAUACCUCUCCUCUGGGACCCCAUACAUCUCAAACCUCUUCUCUGGGACCCCAGACGUGUUAAUCCUCUUCUCUGGGACCCCCAGAUGUUGUUCCUGGCUGGUCGUCCUAGCAGCGGUAGCUGCGUCUCUCAGUGGCCUGAUGUUGGGUUAUGAAUUAGGCCUGACCUCCGGUGUCCUGCUCCAGCUAAGGGGUGUCCUCUCUCUGUCAUGCCGGGAACAGGAGCUCCUGGUGGGGUCUCUGCUGCUGGGCUGUCUGGUGAUCUCCAUGGCUGGAGGCUGGGGCCUGGACCGCUACGGACGCCGCUGGGCCAUGCUACUGUCCGGAGGCCUGGUGGCCGGGGGCACCUUGCUACUACUGCUCCCGGCCUCGCUCACCACGCUGUCGCUCGGCCGCGCCGUGGUUGGCAUGGGGACAGCGUUGUCGGGAACGGCGGCGUGCAUGUACAUAGCGGAGAUCGCGCCGCGGGAGCGCCGGGGGUUGUUAGUGACGCUGUACGAGCUGAUGGUGGUUGUCGGGGUGUUGCUAGGGUUCGGGUGUAGCUACACGUUCUCUGCUCUGCCUAACGGGUGGAGAUAUACCUUCGGCCUUGUCCUACUGCCGGCCAUUCUGCAGGCCGCUGCCCUCUUCCUCCUCCCACCCAGCCCACGCUUCCUAGUUGCCAGGGGCGACUCGGAACGGGCCAAGGAGGUGCUGGCCCUUCUGAGGGGCGUGGCCAGCAGGGAGGCUGUGGAGGAGGAGCUACGGGACAUCCAGGCGGGGCUUAAGGAGGAGGCGGAGCAUGGUUUCCGGGAGCUGUUCAGCGACAAGGCUAACCUGCGCUGGCGGUUGCUAAUGGGCGUGGCUCUAGUGUUCCUCCAGCAGACUACGGGUCAGCCCAACCUCCUCUCCUACGCCUCGCCGCUACUCCGCAGCGUGGGUUUCCAUAGCGACGCCGCCGCCAACCUGGCCUCCACAGGCUUCGGCGUGGUGAAAGUGGUGGGGACGGUUCCCGCCGUCCUACUGGUCGACAGGGUCGGGCCCAAGAGCUUCCUGUGUGUCGGUGCGGUCGCCAUGGGGAUGUCGCUGGUGACACUGGGGGUGGUGACCUUGCAGAGCCACACCCAUCUCACCAGCCUAUGCCAGAGCCCUGUGGGGCUAAACCACACCUACCAGGGGCAGAACUUAAACACUCCUUCCUCCGGAUUGGACUAUGGCUCUUUUAAAUUAAUCACGCCACCUCCCGGUGAAAGCCAAUGGAAUGGCAGUGACCCUGCGGAGGCUCUGAGGACUAAGAGAGAGGAUGCUGGGAUGGGGUCAGGGGUAAGGGGUCGGGGUCACAUGAAGUGGAUCUCACUUGUCAGCCUCCUGGUGUAUGUAGCUGCUUUCUCCUUCAGCCUCGGACCAAUGGUGUAUGUGGUCCUGAGUGAGAUCUUCCCUACAGGGAUCAGAGGUAAAGCUGUGUCUGUGGUGUCUGCUGUAAACUGGGCCACCAACCUCCUCAUGUCCAUGAGCUUCCUCUCUGCCACAGAGAGGAUUGGUGUUCCCAACGUGAUGUUCCUGUACGCCACCAUGAGCUUCAUCCUGCUGGUCUUCGUCCUCCUCCUCAUCCCAGAGACACAGGGACGCACACUGGAACAGAUAUCUAAAGAACUGGCCAAGAAAAAGCAGCUGAAGGUGAGGUUCUGGCGUCGAGUGCAACCCCAGGAGACUCUGUUCACCAUUCACAAGACCCCUGAACUCUCAACUCUGACCCCUCAACCUCUCACCGGCUUCGCCUAGCUGUCCACAGCAGAGGGACCAAGAUCUGGGGAGAGAGAGGGAACGAGAGAAAUGGAGAGGAGGGAGGGCGAGAAAGGAGGAGGAGAGAGAUAGAGGGAUGGUAGAAGGGGAAGAACAACCAUGACUAUGAAGUCACUUCCUCCUUCCCUCCCUCCCUCCCUUCCUCCUUCCCUCCCCCCCCAUUGAGAGAGCAGCCCUGAGGCCCAGAUGGAACUCUUGCUUCGCUGACCUCCGACCUCUGACCUGUCUGUCUGUCCUCUGGACUGCUAACUUGUUUGUACUGUUUUCAGACAAAAUACACAGGAUUUUACCUUUAAAAAAAAAGAAGCCAUUUUCUGUAUGACCCCAAUUCAUUUAAACAGGGACUGUUUCAAGUUAGGGAGGUGUUAAA